GUGGGACAUAUCGCCGCCUUGUGGUCGAUUUGCAGUAGUUUGAUCGACUGUGCGGUGUUGGAUUGAGCAUGCCUGGUUUCAUGCGCUGUACAGAUUCAUAACACCGUUCAGAGAUGGCAGCGCUGUUACCACCCCUACGAGUCUGCCGAGGAAUACUGAAAGAAUUACGUGCCAUGCAAGGACCCACGUACAAACUGUCACCGGCCUACAACUAUGUUAUGGACCAGUUUCGUAAGAAUAAGGCGAGUUUACCACCAACUGCGUCUCAGCUAACGGUUACAGGACAAAUGUACUGCCGUGCCCAGCAGGAGGCCCACCAUGACUCCCACACAUACCUGUGUUUGCUGGCAUCUAACAGGACCCACCUGGCCCUGCACAAACUUUACCACGGCAAGGGAGAUCGCAGCCGAGAAGAAGUGGCUGGCCUAGUGGGGCUCAGGUUGCCCACUCAGCCAGGAGGUAAAGGCUGGGAGAAGUGAGGGCAUGGGAGCGUCCACUAUUGGAAGAAAAUCUUGACUCUCUUUGGAAAUGACUUUUCUUUGGAUGAUUCAUCUGGCCUCUUCCAAUUCACCUCUUGAAAAGUAAACUGCAAAGGGAUAAAUGUUUAACUGGAGAUUGUGCCAUCAUGGACUGCUUUGAGGGGACUCGACUUAUUCCUGUUGUGUUCUACCAAUGUUCGAUAUGAGGAUAAUCUGAUCUGAGAGUAUUAGAAGCAACUGUGAAAAUAUAUGCUAUGAAAUUAAAAAUCUGUUGUUUAGCUGUACCCCACAGCUUGUCCGCACCUGCUUUUGUUUGUGUUUUUGCAAUUUUCCAAACCGUAAAAAAAGGCAAAAGCAACCUUUAAAAUGGACUGUAAGUACAUUUCAAUUUUUAAUCAUCUGUCCCAUUAAAAUAUGAGUCACCGUUA